GCAAAACCCGACCCAACCCGACCUAUUGCCAUCCCAGGUAAAUCCCGAUAAACCCGAUAACCCCUUCCCUCUUCCACGUAUCUCAACGCGCUCCAAACAAAACAAACAGGGCGUAAGAAAAAGUGAGCUUUUGCAGCAGCGGCCGCCAUUUCUGUUUGGCUUCGUCCCCUCCCCCAUUUCUAUACUUUUUGGAGACAUUUUGCCACUGAGAAGAAGAGUGUGGUGAUGCAGCAGAAAGGGAGGCUCACAAACCGCAGAUCCAGAAGCUUUUCCAGGUCCCGUAUCGCCAUUCAGGGGUACUAGCCUCGUAGGCAGCAGUAUAAUUAUUGUUCCCCCCCAAACUCUCGGAGAAAAAUUUUCACCUCCACAUUUCUCGAUCUCGCGAGAAACAACCGGGGAAAAAAGCACCGCGAGAUCAGCAAUGGCGGCCAAUGGCGCAGCACCUGUGGUGGAACGUUAGGUUCAGAAGAACUACUGGAUGGAGCAUUCCGUUGAUCUGACGGUGGAGUCCAUGAUGCUCGACUCAAAAGCCUCUGACCUCGACAAAGAAGAAAGACCUGAGGUACUUUCUCUGCUCCCACCGUAUGAAGGGAAAUCAGUUCUGGAACUUGGAGCUGGCAUUGGCCGUUUUACUGGAGAGAUAGCUAACAAGGCUGGCCAAGUCAUUGCUUUGGAUUUCAUUGAUAGCGUGAUCAAGAAGAAUGAGGAUAUCAAUGGUCACUUUAAGAAUGUCAAGUUCAUGUGUGCUGAUGUAACAUCACCAGACCUCAACUUUUCAGAAGGAUCCAUGGAUUUGAUUUUCUCCAACUGGCUGCUUAUGUAUCUCUCAGAUGCUGAGGUGGAAACCCUGGCUGAAAGAAUGGUGAAGUGGCUAAAACCUGGCGGGUUUAUUUUCUUUAGGGAGUCCUGCUUCCAUCAAUCUGGAGAUAGCAAAAGGAAAAGCAACCCGACUCACUACCGCGAGCCAAGGUUCUACACGAAGGUAUUUAUGGAGAGCCAUAUGCAUGAUGAUGCUGGAAAUCCCUAUGAGCUCUCUUUCAUCGGAUGCAAAUGCAUUGGAGCGUACGUGAGGAACAAAAAGAACCAAAAUCAGAUUUGUUGGAUAUGGCAGAAGGUCCAGUCGCAGGUUGAUAAAGGAUUCCAGCAAUUCUUGGACAAUGUUCAGUACAAGUCCAAUGGAAUUCUACGUUAUGAACGUGUAUUUGGGCAAGGUUUUGUGAGCACUGGAGGCCUAGAAACAACAAAGGAGUUUGUGGCAAGGUUGGAUCUGAAACCUGGUCAGAAGGUUCUAGACGUUGGCUGUGGUAUUGGUGGAGGUGAUUUCUACAUGGCUGAGACCUUUGAUGUUGAGGUGGUUGGGAUUGACCUCUCAAUCAACAUGAUCUCGUUUGCUCUGGAGCGUGCUAUUGGACUCAAAUGCGCAGUUGAAUUUGAGGUUGCUGAUUGUACCAAGAAGACAUACCCAGAUAACUCCUUCGAUGUUAUCUAUAGCCGUGACACCAUUCUCCAUAUUCAGGACAAACCAGCACUGUUUAGAUCAUUCUUCAAGUGGCUGAAGCCUGGAGGCAAAGUUCUCAUCAGCGAUUACUGCAAGAGCGCUGGAACUGCUUCACCCGAAUUUGCAGAGUAUAUUAAGCAGAGAGGAUAUGAUCUUCAUGACGUGAAAGCAUAUGGCCAGGCACGUGCAUCUCUACGGUAGAUCAGACUCUUGUUGUGGCCCUUUAUUUUGGUAUUUAGCUUACUGAUUUUGCUUUUUGUUAUGCGGGUGAUAUAGAUGCUUAAAGAUGCUGGUUUUCAAGAGGUCAUAGCUGAAGACCGCACAGAUCAGUUUAACCAAGUUCUGGUACGGGAACUGGAUGCUAUAGAAAAAGAGAAGAAUGCAUUCAGUCAGGACUUUUCUCAAAAAGAUUAUGACGAUAUAGUCGGCGGAUGGAAGUCGAAGCUUGUCAGGAGCUCUGCCGGCGAGCAGCGAUGGGGCCUGUUCAUUGCCAAGAAGUAAUUUCCUGGCCAGCCAGUCAGUCCUCUCCUUUGUCCUAUCAGUCAAGAAUAAAAAAAUGUCUCCCCAAGACAUCAGUUUAGCCAGUGAUAGUGAAUCCCUCUACUGUGUUCUUAGUCACUCACUGUGUCGGAAUAUGAUCCACUCUUCCUUUCUGCUGCUAUUAAGCUCACUCUGAGGUUAACGUGCUCGUUGAAGACUGGAAACUAGUGUUGAAUUCGCAAGUUGCUGCUGCAUUGUGAUUCUAGUCUCCCAAGACAUCGUUCUUUAAGUUCAAAGAUUGUAGCAUUGUGAUUGUUUUGUACUCUCUUGAACAAUUCUCUUGUUUUCUGUCAAAUGGUUUGAAGUUUGAACUGUCUCCUAUUUUGAACACUCGCAAGAACAUUCCAAAUCAAUACAUUAAAGAUCAGUAAUGGCCGGAACGCCUUCGUUAGUUCUUCGCACCACAGCUUCAUCUGCGAACUACAUACCGUCCCACCAUUAAGGGUAGGGAUGUGAAUUUGGAAUGGACGACGGACGAAAGCCAAUUACUUCAAAUCCAAACUUAUGCACAAAUACUAAGCCUCAUAACACGAUUUAACAAGUUAAGGAACAUGCACCGCACUCCUACCAUCACUUUUUCUCUCACCAGGGUAUCAGCAUUCUUGAUCCGUUUUGACUCUCAUGGCUAUCUGGGAUCCGCUCAAGCCUUCCAGGACUCCCCCUUCAUAUAUCUCACCAUACUGGCCCAAAGAAUAAUGAGGUAAACCAGGGUUUAAUGCAAGCAUCUUUGGUUCCAGGAAAGAUUCCGGCAGCCGCAGCAUAUUACUCCAAAGCUGGAUGUUGGCAUUCUGUCUUGUUGUUUCUUCCAACAACUAAUAGUUAUCAGAUAUCUGACAGCGUAUCUUUGCUUUGGCUUAUUUCAGAAAAUGGAUGGGUGCCUGGCUUCUUAAGCUCUGUAGCAAAUUCAUAUGCCAUAUAGAUUCGUAUUCUUUGGCAUUCUUUUAGUUAUAGAUAUUUCAGCAAAGUGUUGCUAGGUUAACCUUGUUCUCUUUCGAGUUGCAAGAAUUGGGUGCACAUUGGUUUGUCGAACUUGAACCCAGCCACCUCUGCUUCCUUCCAGAUUACCUUCGACUUUGCCAGUCUUCCAGAAGCCAUAUGUACUUUAACCAAGUCCUUGUACAUGUCAUAAGUUGGGGAGAAACCUGCUUCCUUGAGUUUCGAAAAAUAUCUGGAAGCCCUUUGCAGAUCAUUCAAGGCAACACAAAGCUUUAUAACCACACGAUAAGCCGGGAGAUCAAGUAGAACAUUUGAACCCUCCAUUUCCCAGACAGCAGCCAGCGCAUCCCGAUACUUUUUCUCUGUGUACCGGCUGUGGAUCAAAGUUGUGUACAUAACCACACUUGGUUCCCUUCCUGAUAGUUUAAACCAAUCACAAAGACCUUCCACAAUCUCAAAUUUCCCAAGCCUAAUGCUGACUUUCAUGAGAGCAGUGCAAUCCUGCUGGGUUAAAUUCAAUGCGUCCCUAUUUCCAAGCUCCUCCAGUAACUCUGCCACAAGUGAGUGUUUGUCUGGAUUCUUUAUCAACUCGAGGGCUAACUUGGCAUAUAUACCUGCAUCCAACACUCUAUUGUCUCGCUUAGCAACGGAGACAAGUUUCAAAGCGAGCUGUAACUUUCCACCUCUAAUGAAUCCCCUAAUCAUUGCCUCCAUGACCCCUCGGCUUGCCAAAGUAGUGAGGCUCUGCCAGUCAAAUGGUACUUUCAAGUCGUGAUUCCGUGCUAACACUUCAACAGUAGAAGCCAAAAUCCUAUCAUCAGGGACAAGGUCAGGUUGAUUCUGAGCCCAACAAAAUGUCUCCAGUGCUCUCUCAGGGAGACCCAUGUGACCCAGCUCUCGAAUAGUCAAAGAUAACGAACCUUUACUGAGAAAGCGAGCAUGCUUCUUUAGAACAAGAGAUGCAUUUUCAUCAGUCUUAAGGCCACUAAUCCGUUUAGCCAAGUUAAUGAGAAAAACUGGGUUCUUGUGAAGUUGAUUGGAAACUGACGACGGGGUUGAAACAGCUGACUUCGGAGGGAUAAACUUAUAUCGUUUCUUCGGGGUAGGGAGUCGUAAAGGCCUAAUCUUGUGAGGAAGGGGAAGUGGCAAUGGCCUUUCUCUGGUCAACUUGCCUGGCUUUUGAGGGAUCCUACCCUGAAAGAGGGAGGAUAUUGCUUCAAUCUCGUCUUCUUCCCAAUCAAUAAGGUCCUCAUGGUUCCCAUCUUCCUCAACCUCACCUGCAGCUUCAGCUUCUUCCUCAUCGUCAGAAGAAUCACCAUUGUCAUGUAUCAAAAGAGACUCAGUAGUUGGCUUCUUGAGGAACAAGUUGACCCCAAAAUCCGGGGGAAGCUUAGAGCGUCGAGGGCUCUGAUGAUUCUUGCGCAGCUUUCUAUACCCAACUCUGGUAGUGGAGCUGAAACGAGGAACUAAAGUCAGCAGUCCACAAGCUGGAGCUCGGCCAACAACUACUGAGCACACACAUGCCAUUGACAGUCUUUUCAGGCAUCCAAAAAUCGGCGUAAGCUAGUUCUCAGGCGCCGCUGGUUUAUUCUGCUAGGGAAUGGCGUUCCACAUUCGUGCAAACGGGAGGGGCGACCUCUACGCUGGGAAUUCGUCUUGACGCGCUUUGUAGUUGAGCUUCGGCUUGGUGUGACGCCGAAAUUGAAAGGAUAGA